AUGACAUACAACGAACACAAUGCAGAGGACAGCUGCCUAAAAAACCAGCACCGAGCCUGCCUUGCGCAGGACGAGUCUAUCAAUUUUAGUCCUUCCACUUCCCCUCCGCCGCCGGCGAUCCAGCACGGAGAUCCCGAAAAGUCAUCAUCAGCCCCGGUAACGGCUCCGGGGUUUGAGUACGGAGCCACUGAAUCCUCCUCCUCCACCAGCCCGACCGAGAACCAUGAGCCUAAUCUCGAGUUUCCCGAGGGCGGCCUUCAAGCAUGGCUUGUAGUCUUUGGGUCCUUUUGCGGCAUGUUUUCCGUAUACGGUCUCAUUAACACCGCUGCUGUCUUUGAGUCGUACUUUUCCGAGAAUCAGCUCCGAGACUACUCGUCAUCCCAGAUUGGAUGGAUCUUUAGUCUGUACCUGUUUUUUGUUUUCAUCGUGGGCAUUCAGGUUGGGCCUGUCUUUGACAAAUAUGGCCCCAGAGUUAUUGUUCUUGCUGGUGGUUUACUCAUUGCUACCAGUUUGUUCAUCCUCAGUGUUUGUCAAGAGUUCUACCAGAUCCUUCUGUCGUACUCGGUCGUGGGCGGUUUAGGAGGCGCCCUGCUCAAUUCUCCCUCCUAUGCAUCCAUCGCCCACUGGUUCGACGUCCGCCGUGGUCUUGCAACAGGCUGUGCAAUGACUGCAGGAUCAAUUGGCGGUAUCAUAUUCCCCGUCGUGCUGCAAAAGCUCCUUCCCACAAUUGGCUUUGCAUGGACGACUCGUAUCUUGGGCUUCAUCAUCUUGGGUCUUACCGUCCCGGCCACACUCUUCAUGCGAUCACGUCUUCCGCGACAAAACAAAGUAACUUCUGUCUGGCCGGACUUGAGCAUCUUUAAAGACCUCAAGUUUACCUUUGCUGCGUUUGGGAUCUUCUUUAUGGAAUGGGGUCUCUUCGUACCAUUGACGUACAUCGUAUCUUACGCUGGUAGAUACUCUGGCGAUGCCAAUAGCUCUUAUACGCUCAUUUCGAUUCUCAACGCUGGUUCAUUGCUCGGUCGUUUUCUCCCCGGCCUUCUGGCCGACAAGAUCGGCCGCUUCAAUGUCAUGCUUCUUACCCUUGGGCUGUGCAUUCUCUCGGCUUUCGCUCUGUGGCUGCCAGCUGGUAAUUCCCAAGCCAUGAUCAUCGCCUUCGCGGUUAUAUUUGGCUUUGGCUCUGGCUCCAACCUGGGUUUGACACCUGUCUGCGUUGGUCAACUCUGCGAUCCGCGCGACUACGGACGCUUCAUCUCGACCGCUUUUAUGGUAGCGAGUUUCGGGACCCUCAGCAGUCUGCCCAUCGCCGGUGCUCUUCUCGAAGCUGGAGGCAACGGUGAUGCAGGCUGGACGGCUCUCAUCGUUUUUGAUGGGUUGUCGUAUGUACUGGCGCUUGCCUGUUUCCUCGCUGCGAGGGUUAUGGCUGUCGGUUGGAAUGUGAAGAGCGUCUACUAA